CAUAACUUUAGAAACGUAUUAUUCCGAUGUCGAAGCAUCUUGAAUCCUAACCUAUAACAUGUGGACCGUGCGAAGCAUUAUUCUUCUUUACAGAAAUGUGCGAUAAAUAGAUUGCGACAUAUUAUAUUAAAAAAUAAACGUCGGUUUCUUAAAAUAUGUUAUACAAGAAUGUAUCCGGCAAAUCAUAAGACUAUUUUCGUUUUGGAUCACACACCAUACUUUGGCAUAUCAACCGAAUGUCCUUUGGAAUUUGAUUUUCUGAAAAGUCGGGGUCAAAAUUUAAUUCCUUUGGCACCUGUUUGUAAAUCUUUGUGGACUACCAGCGUAGAGGCUUCCCUGGAAUAUUGCCGUAUAGUAUGGGACCUUUUUCCAGCUGGAAAAUUGAUAAGGUUUGUGGUGACCGAUCGUGCAGCAUACGUAUUAAACUCAUGGAGUCCAUCGCAGCAGAAUUUAAACCAUAUAAUGAAUGGUACAGCCAUUUUGGGAGUACCGACAAAGGCUCCGGAACCUGGAGAAGAUUAUUCUGUGAUACAUGGAUUAAGAGUGGCUAUCGAGACAUUAAACGAAUGUUCAGAAAUUCAGCACGAGAAGAGAACAUCGUUAAAUGAGAAUACUAGUAAACUUGUUAACAGAGGCAGAGUAAUAUGCAUCACCAGUGCACGAGAUAAUAGCAAUAUGAAAAGCUUGGAAAAUAUAUUUUUGAACGAAUUAGCUCAAGAGAAUAAAACUGCAUUAGCUUCGGAUCAUUUAAUGCCUGUGGAUUAUUGUCACCUAGUUAUACUGAAUAUCUUUCCUAACAAUAUCGAAUCGCAAGUUACAAGUCAAGGGCCACGAGAGGUUUCACCGCUGUUAACGGUAGAAGUACACUCCAUUAAGGCACCUGCUUUACAUUCAAAAUUAUCCCAUUUAAUCUUGUCCCAUUACGAUCUGGCAAGUACAACGGUAACUGGUAUACCGAUGAAGGAAGAACAGAAUGCUAGUUCCUCUGCGAAUUACGACGUUGAGAUAUUUCACUCGUCAGCUGCGCAUUCAGCAAUUCUAAAAGGAAACCCGCAAGAUUCAGCUUUGAUAAAGACAUUCAGAAGAUUCGAGGAGGGUUCAGAGUAUGAAACGGUAACUUUGAAAUGGUGUACACCACGAGGAUGUAGCGCAGCCGAAAUGCAAAAUUGCACAGCUAUGCACAGGAUCACGCCGGUAGAUGUAAAUAGUAGACCUUCGUCUUGUUUGAUUAAUUUUCUGUUGAACGGUAGGUCGGUAAUGCUCGAAAUGGCCAGAAGAAGCGGAGGAAAGACUAUUUCUCAUCUACUUGCCGCGCAUGGCGGAGAAAUUUUUAUACAUACGCUAUCUACCGCUAGAAGUGUAUUGGAAGAUCCACCUUCUAUCAGCGAAGGAUGCGGUGGACGCGUCACCGAUUACAGAAUAACUGAUUUUGGAAGACUCAUGCGAAACAAUGUACUGGUGCCUUUGAAACGAAGUACAAACGUUAACAGCGAAGGUCCAGCGGAAAAGAUGAGAUCGAGAUUGGAAAGACACACCAAAUAUUGGCCAAUUACUAUUUCUAGUACUCUUAUGUUUAAUUUAAAACAGUUAAUAGAUCCACUGCCAGAUUUAAUGGUAAAGGAGGAACUCACAGCUGAGGAGGUCGUCCAGUGUAAGCAAGUGAUCUUCAGUUUAUUGCAACUGGAAGCAAAACAUGAAACGUUACCUUUGCCAAGUAUCGGCGGGGGGCGUGGUGGUAAAGGUGGUGUACGGAGAGAAGAACACUAUAGACUUUUGUGGGGAGAGCUGGAAACGUUUCUCAAGCAACACGCUAAUAAUUCUGCCGCGCAUUCCGAAGUUUUGACUUGCCUUCUCGAAGUACGGAGUAAAGACGAUAAGGAUAAGGUCGAAUUGGACCAGGCAUUGCGCGAAUUGGACGGUUUUGGAAAAGAAGAUGGAACCGCCCGUGCAAGCGUAAUAAGAGCAACAACCGAUUCGCCGAUGUCGCCACCACCUAGCACGUCGAUAUCUCUCGGGAAGCAACUCCUGAAGGGUAACAUUUAUUCUCCUAAAAGUCUGUUGGACGUUUGGCUACAACGAAGCGCCCCUAAAGAAAAGAAGCCAGACUUCCACGGAAGAGUUAACAGCGACGGUCCUAAAGCUAAGCUAUAUCCCAAUUUAAAAGAGGUUGGCCGAGAGCCCCGCGAACCUAUUCUAGAGGGUUGAUUCAGAUGGUUCUUAUCAUUUUCAAUACAUAAAUCCAAGGGUACAGUUUUAAUCAGGCUAUAAACUAAACGUGACUUUUGCCAUAAUUACAUUAAUUACCACACGUUAGCUUACAUCGUUAGUGGAUGAUGUAUCACGAUUCAUUUAAGUAAAAGAAAGUUCGCUUCUCAAACAGAUAUUAUUCGUAAAGUCUUUACCGAUCAAGAGUAUUCCGUCAGUUGUGUGUACGUGCAAUCGGACAGCGCGAAAGGAUCAUUAUUUUUAAGGAAUCGAUAAUAUAUGUAAUUUUACUGUUUCCAUGAGAACAUAUCUUUGUAAUAAAAAUACAU